AUGCUCUGCCUUUUUCAGGUUGAGGCGAAGAUAGCCGUUCCAAAGGAAGUGCUGAGCACAACUCUGUACGUGCCUAGCCGUCAAAUUAAUGGUACCGACGGUGGAACAAGUGCCAGUCGCUUCAUGAAUGUUGCCCCAAGUGGCGUGCAACCUCAGUCGAGUUCCACGACCCUGGCUACGAUGGCUGCUUUGGCGGCUGCAGCUGCUGCAGCCAGACAGCAAACCGCCCAGCAACGACUGGCGCAGCCCAGUCUUUUGCCCACAGCAUUGCAGGCUCCUCUGUCUGUCCCUGAACUCAUGUCGCUGAUGCCGAUGCCCUACCAAACCGGUGCUAUGUUCCCGAAACCAGAGACCAUGCAUCUGUUCUCCCGAUCGGUGUCUACUCCAGGGCCCUCGACUGCCAACCUGAAUGAUUUGUCAGCAGUAUUCGGAGCUGCCUUACCUCAUUCUCUUUCGACGUUGGAUUUUCCCCCGCGUUUCGCAGCUGCCUUUCCUUCACCAGUAGGUCUGUCGUCAGCCCAACAUAAGUUGCUUGCACCUCUCUCGUCAAGUAAUGAUGGUACUGCCCUGGCAAUGGCUUCUUUCCAAAAUCCAUACGCAACCCCCCAACACGCUAUGCAUCAUUACAAUGCAGCUGCAGCAGCAGCCGCUGCAGCUGCCGCCUAUAAUGCGGGUCUCCUUCAACAGCAACAACAGCACCAGGCCGUGACGUUGGCGGCCGCAGCCGCGGCGCAGGCCCAGACUGGUCCACUUCCGCCACCGCCACCACCACCACCGACGACGCUGCAGACGCAAGCAGCGGCUCCACCAAGUGUGAAGACCGAGAAUUUGGGGGGAAUUGUCCUACCGCAGCCGCCCCAGCUUAGCAACAACAUCGAAGGUCUCAACCUCACACAGCCUCAAUCAAAUCAACCAAAACCCUCUGAACCUGUUCUCACGACAUACGCUAGCAAUGCUAUAACAACGCCUCCAGCUGUCGUCACCACCGACUCAAACUCAGGCUUCUGGCUGAUACCCACCAAAAUUCCACGGUGA